AUAAACAUCAAAACCAAGGAAGGAUAUUUGGAGAUUACAGGUAAUCACGAGGAAAGGCAGGAGCAUCACAGAUGGAUCUCAAGAAGCUUUACAAGAAAAUACAAGCUUCCGGCUGACUUAGACCUAACACAGAUCAGCUCCAUGCUGUCUUCAGAUGGUAUUCUCUCAGUCGAGGCCUCAUUACCUGGCUCUAAUAUCAGUCUCCCCGGAGAGAUUGUCAUCCCUAUUCACAUGAUGGACAAACAGUUAUCUGCAAAAUCAGACGGGCAAUGCAUAACCAGUAACCAGUAACUUAUAGACCUAGUUACUGGUUAGGCACAGCCCAUUUUACUUAAUAUGUAUAUGUGAAUAUAUGUGUG